AUGUUCAAGUGGGUUCAAUCAGGUCUUUCCGCCGUUGCCGGCACUGCCGAGCCAGAAUACGGUCGCGAGGCGAUCCAUCCCGUCACGGACACUGUCCAGGGCAAACAGCCAUACAGAGAAACCAUCGCUACGGAUUUCGAGUGGAACAACCCCAACUACACCAAUGUGGAGACGCAGACGUUCUACUUCAACUGUGCCCAGACCGGGUACCAGGGGUUGAUCCAGGUUAUCCACUCCAAUGUGAUGGGCCUCAAUAUCACCGCGCAGUUCACGUUCAAGAUCUACCACAAGGACUCCCCUACGGACUUUACCUGGACGUCGACCAAGUUGGAAGACUUUGUCAUCAGCGGCACCAACUUCUAUGCGCAGAACCUCUCCAUCGUCAUGACCGACAACAACGAGUACCACAUCAGAUCGUCCGUCACCGCCGACUCUGUGGUCGAUAUGAAGAUUACCAGAAUCUGUCCGGGCGUCAUUUUUGGUGAAAAUGGAACCACCUACUACGGGACCGACAAGGCUGCGCCGUGGGGCUCCAUGCGCCACGCGUUCUGGCCGCGUGCCUCCGCCGAGGGCACCGUCAAGUUGGGCGAGCAGGAAACCAUCACCAUUUCCGGGUUGUCUAUGUACUCCAUGGCGUUGCAGGGCAUGAAGCCGCACCACGCGGCUGCCACCUGGAACUUUUUGGAUUUCCAGUCGGAGAACUACUCCGCCAUUUUGAUGGAGUUCACCACCCCGAUCUCCUACGCCAAGACGAAGGUUGCCAUGGGUGUGAUUGUGAAGAACGACAAGAUCGUCAGUGCCUCGAUCGACAACGAAACCGUGCACACCAAGGCCGAGAUCGAUGCCGUGGGGUGGCCCGCUCCGUCUGCGAUCGAGUUUAACUUUGACGGGUACGCCGCCGAGGCUACUAACGAGCAGAUCGCCGCCGGUAAAGCCACCAAGGUUGUUGCCAAGGUUUCCGGUGAUUUGGACACGUUGAUAGAGCGUGUCGAUGUCAUGGCCGAGGUUCCUCAGUUUGUCAAGUCCAUCGUCAGUGGUGUCGCCGGUACCAAGCCAUACAUUUACCAGUUCUCCAAUAAGAUGACCAUCGAAGUGGAUGUCAACGGCAAUGUUGACAAGGAAGAGGGGAUUGCCUUUAACGAAGCGACCUUCAUCAGUGGUCAAUAG